AUGUUACCAAUAUACGUGCAACAAAGAAUAGUACAAUUCGCUUAUGGCGAUCAGUAUUGCUCGUUCAAGUGGAGACUGGCACUGGGUCUUGUGUCCAAUCACUGGUUCAACUGUGUGGCCAGAAUGAUCGAGCGAGACAGCGAUGACGGCGACUUCUGGUUCGACCCAACACACUUCAAGGAGGACGCUACUCACAUCAUAAACACCAAUAACAGUCGAUGCCUACUCUCAUACAGCAUGCGACUAACUGUCAAUGUCAAGUACCAACUGAUGGACUGUCCCAUACAUUGCCCCGAAGUGCUGCGCGACUUGUUGGCGCGCGGCACCAUCAAGCAUCUACAUCUGAGGAUGUCGCUCAACAACAGUCUAAUGAGAUGGUCGCUCGACAAACUUAUACCGAUCAUCAACGAGCAUAUCACGAGCGUGUCAUUCGUCAACACGCCCAGUCUGCCUGCCGAGCUACUCGGCUUUGUCACGUCGUUAACAAACGUCGACGUUCUCGCGCUGCCGCCUCUCGACACCGUCGCACUCACACACAUUGGCGAGAUCAAUGCCAUGGGCCGCUGUCUGCGCUCGCUAUCAGUUCGCUACGCGCCCAGUAUCGACCCGCUGUUCACUAGCCUGCAUCUGCCCGCGCUUACCUCGUUCACAUUCCAAUGCAGUCUGUUUGACUUCCCGCAUCGCGACUCACUGGUUGUCUUCUUGCGCGGCUGUCUGAACCUACGCGAGCUGGUCAUCCAGGACCAGAUCACAUGCAGCGAGAUGCCAGUAUUGUUCGCCGACAACUAUCGCUCAUUCUUGGAGUAUCUCAUUGACAACCAAACGAUCACAUCGCUCGUCAUGGGCACACCUCUCAACGAACAAUUCGUUAUGGAACACCUGUUGACCAAGCCGGCACUGCGACACCUGUCGAUGGGCAGUCUGUAUCGAUACAAUGACGACCAGAUCACGGAUGCAGAGAGGGAGCUCUGGACGACGCCAUUCCCAUCAUCAUCAUCGUCGUCGUCUGCCUGCGUCCCUUCAUCAAGCGACAUCCCCUUCGUCAACACAACACUCAAACAUCUGUUGCUCAACACUAUGUAUCCAUCAUCGCUUGCGCAUGACCCAACCAAGUACUGUCGGGCACUGGUCAAACUGCAUAUUGAGACUGAGACAUGCCUGGAUAUUGGACAGUCGCUCGACUGGCUGGCCAACAGCACGACGAUCAAAGAGUUUGUUCUGGAGCACUGCGAGGAGCUCAAUGCCAAGUGCUGCACCAAGCUGUUUGGCAGUCUAUCUCACAACCAAUCGAUUGAGCGACUAGAGAUCAAUGGACCUACAAACAAAAGAUUCGGGUCGAAUAUCCUAUCAUACCUGGAGACCAACCAAUCGAUCCGAGUGCUACGCAUCAGCGAUGACAUCCUAGCAACCAUUGUGUCGUCGUCCAAGUCCACUCACUACCAACUAGCAAUCGACAAGCAAUACUUUUAUAAAGAAUACACAAGAGUAUUGCCAUCAUGA